CCUCAGUAUCUCUGCUACUAGUAGUGACGGCGAGUGGCUGCCCGCCGCCCGGUGCAAUACCAGAAAUAUCCCGCACGCCGGUGCUGGCUUUUCUUCUUUCUAUAAGAUCUUAUCCCGGCGGGGUGACCACCAUUCGAAGUAUCCUUCUUCUCAAGAUUACCCUCGAUUGGACCGGACCUGCGCCUUGUUGUGGCAGUCGCUCGUGUGUCAAUGUCGCGUUCCGGCACCAAUAGCUCCAAUUCCACUCUCGUACCGACUGGAGACAUGGACCCCGCCAAUAGAGACAUCGGGAACAGCCUGAAACCACCUGUCGCCGACUCACCGCCGGAUGUUCCAUCACCCCCACCGAAAGAGAUCCCUUCAGCCGUACCAUCACCACGUCGAAAACGGCUCUUCUCCCCGGGUGGUCCCUUGCGUCCCGGAAGGCUCCUGCUCGAGGACAUCCGCAACGGUGUCAAGCGGUAUCCGACCGAUUGGUUCUUCAACCAGCUGAUCCUGGCGUCGGCGGUGUACCUGUUCUUCACCAAUUUGCUGCCCGGGAUCACCUUUGCGAGUGAUCUACAUGUCCUCACGAAACAGCAUUACGGCGCCAUCGAGGUGGUGUUUUCAACGGGGUUGUGCGGUUGCAUCUUUGCCUUGUUCUCGUCUCAGCCGUUGACGAUUCUAGGUGUUACUGGGCCGUUUUGCAUCCUCAGUGAACGCAUCUUUGCGCUUUGCGAUGAGAACUUUCACAUUCCCUACCUCUCCUUCAUGGCGUGGGCUUGUAUCCACUCUGGCUGGAUGCACCUCCUCCUCGCGGCGUUCAAUGCUCACGACUGGACGAUGGGCUAUGUCACAACCUUCUCGACCGAGAUCUUCUCCUUGCUGAACAGCAUCAUCUACUUCCACAAAGCGGUGCAGGAGCUGGAGCGGGCGCACGCCAACACGUCACUCGCCUCCUUCCUAUACUCGGUAAUCGGCUGCAUCGGCACCUUUCUCGUGGCCGUCUUCCUCUCCACCGCCAAUUCGUGGAAACCACUGUUUCACAAAUACGUACGCAUGGGACUGACCGAGUACGCGGCCGCGAUAUCGAUCAUCUUCUUCAUCGGCAUGCCGCAGAUCGGCGAGCUCAACGACCUGGAUCAACAGCGGCUGCCAGUAUCCAAGACGUUCAAGCCCACGCACCCGGACCGAACAGUGUUCUUCAUCGAUUUCUGGAAGCUCCCCGUCGGCUGGAUCUUUGCGGCGAUCAUUCCCGGCGCCAUCAUCACAACGCUGUUCUUCUUCGACGUCGAGGUCUCGACCAUCUGCGCCACGCUGCCAAAAUACAACCUCAAGAAGCCGACCGGGUACGCGUGGGACGUGGCACUGCUAGGCUGCACCACAGCGCUCUGCGGCAUCCUCGGCAUCCCGCCGGCGAACGGGCUCCUCCCGCAAGCGCCCUUGCACUCAGAGUCGCUCAUGCACGUCGUCAAGGAGAAAGACCCCCUCGGCAACACGGUGAUCGUGCAAGUAGCGAAGGGCACGCCCAACGACCCGCCGAUCCCGGGGCAGCCCACAGAGCCAAAACAAGCCGUCCACGAGCAGCGCUGGUCACAUCUCCUCCACGCUAUAGGCAUCUUCAUCUUCGUCUCCCCGCCGCUGAUGCACGUGCUGGGCCUCACCCCCACCAGCGUCCUUGCGGGACUAUUCCUGUUCAUGGGCGAGCAGAGCCUGUGCACAAACCCCAUCCUGUACCGGUUUUUCCACAUCCUGACCCCAACAACCGAGCUCCCACCUCUCAAACACCCCCGCGCCACCUACGCAGGCGAGCACUGGUACACUCUGCUCCAAAUAAUCCUCACCGCCGGCAUCUUCGCGAUCACGUUUACGCCUGCCGCCCCAGCGUUCCCGAUCAUUAUCGUCCUGCUUGUGCCCGUAAGGCUCAGGCUCAUGCGCAGGUACUGGGAGGUUGAUACGCUUAAGGGAGUGGACGCGUGGGCGUGUAGAAAGGGGUUGGGGAAUGAUUUUAGGAGUAUGAAAGAACGGAGGGAGGGGAGGAUGGAGCUGGAAGUUAGGGAUGAGGAGGAGGGAGGUGCAACGGGUGGUGGCGUUUUUAUUUGAUUUGAUGGAUCAUGGAGCGGGGAGAUUUCGUAGCAUAGACGAGUUUGUGCGGAUGGAGUAAUGAUAUUGAUACCCAAUGGGAAUAUACUGUCCCUCCCCAGAG